GAGAGCCGCGUCCCGGGGGAAAACCCCGCUCCAGUCCCCGCAGCACCGGAGGCUCCGGCACUUUUGUUUCGCGGGGGAUCCCACGAUCCCGGCGCCCGCCAGCGCUUCCCGCGCAUCUUUGUGCGCGUUUCGAACCGCUGGGGAGGUGCCUCAAGCUGAAAGGAGGAAAAAAAAACCACACUUCUUUUUUUUUUUUUAAACUGGGUUGUUUCACAAGCUUGCAGAGGGCUUAUUUUUGGCGGGCAGGGCUGGGAAACGUGGGCUUCCCCGGGCUCUUAGACCGCAGCACCCACCCGUGCGGUGAAGCACCCGGGCCCGCCCCAGCCCUGCCGCGGCCGCUGCCCUUCCCUCAGCCCGGCCCGGCGCUGCUCCGCCGUGCUCAGAGACCAUUUUGUCUCUCCUGCCCCGGCCUCCCCUUACAUAAAUACACUCUGCCUAGCUCGGCGCCCCGAGGGAGCGCUGGAUGCGCCUGGCCCCGCUGCCGUCAGCGCUGGCCGGCCCCCCGCGGCCGCCCCCGUCCCUUCGGCGGGAGGCGGGCGGUUUGAACCGGGGGGGCGAGGGCCAGGCCCGCGAGUGGCGGCGAGCGGCGCGGCCGGCCCUGCCGCCCCCUCCCCGGCCGCCACAUUGGCGGGGGGAGGGGAGCGGGCGACGGGAAGCGGGGCCGGAUGGCGGCGUGAGGGGAGGGGAGGGAAGGAGCGGGGGCGGGCCGAGAGCGGCUCCUGUCACCUGGCGUGUGGCGGUGCCGGAGCGGGGGGAGGCGGUCAAGCGAGCCAGGGGCCGGGUGGGGCUUGAGCAGCGUCCUGUGGUCGGGGCACCUCCGCUGCUGCGGAGUCCCGCGGACCCGGUCCCGCCGGGCGCACCUGGCGAGGGGGGGCCGGGCGCGUUAUCCCUGAGGGAGCUCGGGGAACAAGGAUCCUUGUGCAGCGCCUCGGGGAUGCUGGCAUGGGCAGCGCUCUUACCGUAAGGCUGUCGCUAUCCGGAGAGGAAUUCUUUUGGUUGCUUGGCCAAACAUGUGGGUUUCAUUCCUGAAAAGUCACAGCGCAUCUCCUGGGGCCCUUUCCCCGUGUAGUCCAAGCGAUUCCAAAGGAAGCGCUUUGUGUAUAAGGGAGUAAAGCUGCGAGUUUCACUCUCUUGCAGCUUAGGAUCCAUAAGCUUCCCACCGGCACUACAUAUCUCGUUGGGAAUACCUCUAAUGGGGCAUUUAUUAUUUUACUUUUCUUAGAGACCUUUCCCAGAUCUCUAGGAAAAAAUUCACAGUCAGCCCCAAGAGGUUUGCUGUCUGAAAAUUACUGAAAUUUCAGGAAGAAAGAAGAGAGAGAAAGUGAAAUAAAAAUAGAAAAGGGAAAGUAAAGAAAACCAAACUUUAAAUGGUAUGAGAAUCAAAACUUGAAAGUUGGUAUUUACAAAGGGCCUUAAAAAAGGAGGCAGGAGACAGAAAAAUAAAGACCCACAUAAGUUGCCUAGUUUUGUCCUGCUUUCUUAUAUUUACCAUUUAAAUUUUUAAGAAGAAACGUUAGGAUGUGUGCUCUAUUCCAUGGCACUCAAACUAGAUUGCUAAUGAUGAAUUGCUCAGCUUGAUUGCUUGCUAACUAAUACAUGCACAUGAAAGUUAAAGACAUCUAAAACUCUUUGUUUCAUUCUGUUUACUUUUUUCCUCUAACUCUGUGGUGGUGUGCAGAAUUUGAGAGGUACUCAUCAUAGUUUCGUAACACUAAAAAAGAUGCUGCCAUUGGUUUCAAGUUCUUUCCCUGUCAAAACAGUGAAAAUUAUUCAAAAUAUUAAAAAUAAUAUAAGACAUCCUAAAUAGUCUAUCCUUUUUGCUAUGACUAGCUGAUAUGGGUAUUUUCGUCUUUAGUGAGUACUAUUCCUAGAAAGAAAAGGAUAAGGAGAAGUUGCAAUAUAAUACUAGUUUUUAUUCUGCCUAGAGUCUCAAGAAUCACAGGAUGCCCUGUUUGCCUAGAAUGCAAGUAGGCAUUAAAUUUAACAGUCUGUUAAAUUUAGCAAUACAGUGAACAUCAGGAAUGAAUUAAUCCCGAACCCUUUGGUAACCAGCGCAGCUACUUAAACGAUGUCCUCUGGUGCACACAAAUAUUUGUGUGCUAUAUGCAGAAGGGGUGGGGAAGCCCAGAGCCUUUUCACAAAGGAGGUUCUGUUCUCAGUAACACGAUUCCAGUUAGUCCUGGCCAAAGUAGUAAUGCCUACAGCAAUUAUGACAAAGGGAAAGUAUUUUUAAUUUGGUGAGGUUGGAGCUCUUUCGUCUCAUCAGUGCUGUGCAAGGAUAAAGAAUAGAAAGCAAAAACACACUCAGGAAUAUGGAAAGAUCUUCAAGUCUCACUUUGGUCCCCAGUUUGUUGUAUCCAUUGCAGAUCGAGACAUGGUUGCUCAAGUGCUCCGAGCAGAAGGCAGAGCACCACAAAGAGCCAACAUGGAAUCCUGGCAGGAGUACAGAGAUUUACGGGGGAGAGCCACAGGGCUCAUUUCUGCGGAGGGGGAGCAGUGGCUAAAAAUGAGAAGUGUACUGAGGCAAAAAAUUCUGAAACCCAAAGAUGUGGCUGUUUACUCUGAAGGAGUCAAUGAAGUUAUCACAGACUUAAUUAAAAGAAUCCACACCCUCAGAAGUCAAGAGGAGGAUGGGGAAACAGUGACCAAUGUUAACAACCUUUUCUUCAAGUAUUCAAUGGAAGGUGUGGCCACUAUUCUGUAUGAAUGCCGGCUGGGCUGCCUGGAAAACAACAUCCCACAGCAGACUGUUGAAUAUAUUGAGGCUCUGGAAUUGAUGUUUAGCAUGUUUAAGACCACUAUGUAUGCAGGUGCUAUUCCCAAAUGGCUUCGUCCACUUAUUCCAAAACCCUGGAGAGAGUUCUGCAGAUCCUGGGAUGGACUCUUCAAAUUUAGUCAAAUCCAUGUUGACAACAAAUUGAAGGCUAUUCAGUCUCAGCUGGACCAAGGAGAAGUAGUGAAUGGUGGGCUACUUACACACCUCCUAGUGAGUAAGGAACUUACUUUGGAAGAGAUCUAUGCCAACAUGACUGAAAUGCUUCUGGCAGGAGUGGACACAACUUCUUUCACUUUGUCCUGGGCCAUAUAUUUGUUGGCAAAGCACCCAGAGGUGCAGCAACGUGUUUAUGAGGAAAUAGUCAAUAAACUGAGGAAAGAUCAAGUUCCAGUUGCUCAUGAUGUCCCAAAAUUGCCUUUGAUUAGAGCUGUCCUGAAAGAAACCUUGAGGUUAUAUCCAGUACUGCCAGGAAAUGGAAGAGUGACCCAAAAAGACUUGAUCAUUGGAGGAUACUUGAUACCUAAAGGGACCCAGCUGGCACUUUGUCAUUAUGCUACUUCAUACAGUGAAGAAAAUUUCUCAGUGGCAAAUGAGUUCCGACCUGAGCGCUGGCUGAGGAAAGAUAACUUGGACAGAGUAGACAACUUUGGCUCCAUCCCUUUUGGUUAUGGCAUUAGAAGUUGUAUAGGAAAAAGAAUUGCAGAGCUGGAAAUCCAUCUUGCACUGAUUCAGUUACUUCAGAAUUUUGAAAUCACAAUUUCUCCCAAAACGGAACCAGUUCAUGCCAAAACUCAUGGACUUUUGACUCCUGGGAAUUCCAUCAAUGUCAGAUUUUCUGACAGGAAGUGAAACUCAAAUGUUUUGGAAGUACUAAUACAAUUUUUAUGGAAACAGGUUUGCAUUUUGCAGAAGUUUAAAACACACUUGUUCUCUGGUUUGCAGGUAUUUGACAAUAUCAUAAAGUAUUAUGUUCUGCCUGAGUUCUAGCAGUACAUAAGAGCAAUUACCUCUCCUGUAACAGUUAAUUACACAUAUGAAAAUAUAUGCCAAAAAGAUUCCUUCUUGCACUGGGAAUAUCUUUUUAUCUGGGAGAAUUCCUUGUAAUAACAACACAUGCAUUGAAAAAAGCCAGCCCAAAGUAAAUUCAGACAUGUCAGUGUUAUUCAGUUUUUGUUACGCUGCUACUCAGUGAGUGCAUUUGAGAGCAAGGGGAUUAUUAUAUAAUAUGUGGAAAUUAGCUGCAUGUCUAAGUUUAUAUUUUCUGUUUCUUGUCAUCCAGUUUUUUGAAAGUUUCCACAUAACAAUGAAAUGAUGAGAUCAUUUUUUUAAUAUGUAAAAACAUUUACUCUGUAUGUAUUAAAAAAAAUAAAUUCCAGUAAUAUGAAAAGUAAGGAUAGAAAAAAUACUGAUGUCACAUUGUUUAGACUUCAAAUACAUAACAUAUACAAAUUUAUCUAAACAUAAUCCCCAUAAAAUGUUUCUAUAUAUUUUAAAAAAUAAAGUCUUAAAAAUGAAAGUUUAAAUGUCACAUUGGAGAGUUUGAAGCCAGGCAUUGUUCUCAUCACCAAAGCACAAGCCACUUUCAUUGUUCUAGCUAAUAUGCCAAACCCAAAUGUAAAUAUUAAAAGAAAGUAGUUUUUACAUUUUUAUCAUUUAAUUAAAAUACUGCUUUUAACUUUAUUCUGUUCUUCAACAGUAAGAACUGGAAACAGUAAGUUUUACUGUUCUUCAACAGUAAGAACUGGAAUCUUCCCAUUUCAACUUGCUGAACCCAUAGGCAAAUACAGAAUUCUGUAGGAUGGAAAUGUGACUACUGAAGUAUUCAGAGAAGAUUUUUUAUUAUCUGGUGCCUAACAGAAGGAGUAGACACCUGGAAGUUUGGUCUUUUGGGAGUAAUUUUGUUUGUUUGGGGUUUUUUUUUGUUAUUAUUACUUUUCCUAUGACAGCUGACAGAAAACUCUCCCUUGCAUGAUACUUUAGAUAACUUUAAUAUCACUGCACUAACCUUACAUUCCCAUUUUUGAGAGAAACCUUGUGCCCUGUGUCCAUGUUAUGGCUUGAACAAUGUUCAAAACUGCAUAUCCUACUAGGAUACAUAUGUAAUUAUAUAUAGUUAAGUGUUUACAUGUCAGGCUCUGACUGGUUUUUGGGAGGUAGUUUACAUACUGAGAAUCAUAAAUAUUUCAGCUAAAUAAACUUAGCAAAAGUUUUGCAACUUGUUUUUUUAAAAUGACAAAAUUUUUCUUUGAUUCUCCAGCCUUUGGAAGUCAAAGACAGGUUAGAAAUUUAAAAUCUCUAGUUUUAAUGGUUUACAUGAAAUUUCACAUUGCCACCUAGCUACUACAGUUGUGCUGUUAAAGUAUUUUGAUUCCUUUUUGUGGUGCCUUUUCAAGGUUUAGAGAAAAGAAAAACAAAAUCCCCUUUGUAUGGAUCUCCUAAACAAAAUAAUAAGACUAAACAAAAGUGAUCUGAUCUAUGAGAGAAUUAAAUGCUUACAUAAGGACUUUAAAAUGUUACUCUGGUGUUGAGCAUAUAUGUGUACUGUAAGAAAACCCUGUAUUCUGUUGGGAGUAUUUUCCUUGAACAAGCCUGCCUUGUGAUUUUUCCAGGGCUUCCAAUUAUUCCAUCUUUCUUGGUUUUGUUUCUUUUCUAUCCCAUUGUUAUUUUCAAUUGUCUCCAUCUUAAAUCAAAUGAAGAAAUUUGUAUUUGCCAGAGCCAGCUGACAUCCCAAAGGAGAUGUUUUGCAAAAUCUGUUUAAAAGUCUAUGGAAUGAGUAUUUGACUCCAUAAUUCUGCCUGGUUUUGUUGACUUGGAAACAAGGAACUCCUGCCUUGAAUCCAAAUUUGGAUGCCAUAUGGUGCCUUCCUUUUGCUUUGUCAUAGCAUCAUUAGAAACACCAGCCACUGCUAUGUUUGCUGCUUGGUAGGAGUCCCUAAGAAAAAUGUCAGUGCAGAAGAUGGAAGAGACAUUCUAAAAUGCUUUUUAUAGCAUUUGAAUAUUUUAAUGAAAACAGACAGUAUUUGUUCUAAUAGAGCACGUAUCCAUGUAAGUUGUCUUUUAUACAUAAUAAAAUAUUUAUACAGUA